AUGAAAAUUCUAAGCCACCAAUCAUGUAUUUAUACAAUUAGACAAAAAAGAUUCUGGGAUUUGUUUAUAAUUGCUGGUGAAAUUAAUUACGAAGAAUUAUAUCCAGAGUCUAUUAAAUCAGCAAGAAGAUAUAGUGAACUUAACGGCACUAUGUUAUUAUCUAUAUUUAAAAGGAAAAAUAUGAUUGAAGAUGUCAACAUGAGUACGCCAACAUUGUAUUUGAAAAAUGAAAAAUCAGAACUAUGGGAAAAACUUACUUUGUGA